AUGUCGGCUCGUCUCUGCCGGCCCCGCUUCCGGCUGAGCACCCAGCAAGGAUGGCCGACAACCACCACCCCCUGGUCCAGAUCCGAUCCAAGCACCCCAGGCCUCCAGACCAUCACCCACUGCGACGCGGACUACUUCCCGAUCAGCAACAGCGACAGCCCGAGCAGAACCAGCAGCACCUUCCUCAACUACUUCCGCCCAUCCGCCUACCAGCCAAAGCACUCUCUGCGCAUACACCCCAUCGCCCUCCUGCCCGCAUUCAUCCUCGGCAUCGGCAUCACCCUCUACGCAUGCCUCCAGGAGGGUGGGCAACAGCCAUUCAUGAACUCGCCCCGCUGGCCAAAACUAUUCAACAGCAACAGCAGAAACCACAGAUCCGCGCCAGUCAUCAGCCAUCGAGACCACGUCUAUCUGCCCUACGACUAUCUCAACCACACCUGGACGCUCAAGCCCUCCAAAGACCAAUACCCGAUCCUCCAGCUCAUCCACAACGCAUCCCUCGCCUGGUCCGCCAAGCUCCAGCGGCAGAGCCAGACCCUCCAACACGCCGUCGACGAAUACAAGAAACGCUACCAUCGCCCGCCCCCCACCGGCUUCAAGGAAUGGUUCACGUGGGCUAAGGAGAACCAGGUCAAGCUCGUCGACGAGUUCGAUCGGGUCAACGAACUCAUCGAGCCCUUCUGGGCACUCCCCCCACACGUGCUCAGAAAUCGAACCGAAGAGGCGGGUAAAAACGAGGCAUUCUCGACUUUCGUCGUCAAAGAUGGGAAAGUCAAAGCGAUCGGGGCCAAGAAAGAUGCCCCACGUACGAUCGAUCAACUCAAACUGUUGGAAGUCAUUGUGCCCCAUCUCCCCGAUGUCAAUGUCACGAUGAGCCAUCAUGACGGGCCAUCUGUCUUCAUGGACUGGAAAACUAAGCAGCGCCAUCUUGAUCACGCCCGGGCUGGAACAGUUCUACCAGCCGAAUUGAUUGAUCGAGUUGAAGACGACGCGAGUUUAUGGGGAUUCGUAGGAGCCUGUGCGCCCGAUUCGCCAAUGCGCAUGGUCGCCAACGGGUUGGCCGAAGAGCUGAAAGUCCAACAUGCCGGCCCGGGCGGAUACAUCGGCUUGGACCAUGCAAAAACAAUGGACUUGUGUGCGCACCCAGAGUGGCAAGAAUUCCACGGGUUCACGGCAUGGGCAGGGCCACGGCCGUUGCCCCUACGGCCGAUCUUCAGCUUCGCGCAGUCGCCGGGGUUCGUGUCGGACAUCCUGAAUGCGCCUCUGGAGCAGUUCGAGGACUCUACGAAGAACGCGCAGCAGGUGAAGAGCUGGGAAGAGAAGGAAGAGGAUGGCCGGCUGCUGUGGCGCGGCCAGACGACGGGGGUCUGGUUCGACCGCCAGACCAACUGGCGCAAGUCCCAUCGCGUCCGGCUCCAUCGGCUCGGCGUCGCCCCCGCUCACUCCUACGGCCACAGCCUCAAACGCCGUCUCCGCUCCCCCGCCGUCGUCCUGCACUCGAACGCUUCCACAGAAGAUGUUGAGGUCGACGACGACUCGAGGGACGCGCCCGUCGUCGUCCUCGAGAACGAAUACUCCCUCGCGCAGCUCUCGAAGCGCUAUCUGUCCGCCUCCUUCGUCGGAGACUUGGUCCAAUGCACCGUCGAAGACAGCUCGUGCGAGGCAAUCUCGAAGGAGAUCGAAUUCGGCGCCCCGGUCGACUGGCAGUUCCAGAACAACUUCAAAUACGUGUUAGAUGUGGACGGGAACUCGUGGAGCGGCCGGUUCAGACGACUGUUGAAGUCCAACGCGGUCGUGUUCAAGUCGACGAUCUGGCCCGAAUGGUACCGAGACCACAUCCAGCCCUGGCACCACUACGUGCCGGUGCGGAUCGACUACGAGGACGUGUUCGACCUCAUGAGCUUCUUCGCCGGGCCCCCCGACCCCGACCACCCUCUUUCCCCACACCCUUUCGUCGACGGAGGCAAGGUCCGGACUAAGGGGUUCGAUCGGGUCGCUAAGUUGAUCGCUGACCAAGGCUCCCAAUGGGCUGAUGAACACUUCAGAUAUCAGGACAUCCGCGCUUAUGUUUGGAGGACGUAUCUCGAAUGGGCUCGCGUCUCGUCAGACGACCGCGCCCAGAUGAACUUCCACUUCUAA